AAUUGUACAUCUCGAAAUAUCAAAGGAAGACUGACAUUUUUGCAAAGUUUAGGGUGUUUGCGUAUUUUGGCAAGAGCCACAAAGCUAAAGCAUAUCUCUUAGAACCCUUCAAUAUCAGAUUACCCUUUCCUUUUUUUUUUUUUUUUUUUACCUGCGAAGUGAGAAGAUAUAUAUCUAUACAUAAAAGAAAGCAGAAAUUAAAGAAGACCCCAUCUUUAACAGGUUGCUACUUUUGUUAUGCAAUAAGUUGUUAAAGUAUUAAUCCAACGUUGGUUCAGCAAAAUUUGUUGAUAUUUUAUGUCGCCGCCAUCGUGAUGGCUGCCAAGAAAAUCAUAGCAAUAUGCCAAUCUGGUGGGGAAUUUGUGACCAACAAUGAAGAUGGGUGUAUGAGUUACACUGGAGGAGAUGCAUAUGCUGUAGAUAUCGAUGAGAACACGAAUCUUGACGUGUUUAAAAAAGAACUAGUGGAUACAUUUAAGUUUAGCAGUAGUGAUGGAAUGACUAUAAAGUAUUUUCUUCCUGGGAAUAAAAAGACCCUCAUAAUGAUAUCGAAGGAUAAGGACCUACAACGCAUGGUUAACUUCUUCAAGGAUGCUGAGCAAGUGGAAGUCUUUGUAGUUGCAGAAGUAGCUGUUGCACCCAAUGUUUCCAAUAUGCCUGCCAGUAGGUCCAACAGGACAACAAUGUCAGAGACAGCACUUUCUCCUGCUACCCCUGUGGAGUCAAAUCCCGACAAUCAGCUUAUGGUUGAUACACCCAUGGAUACGACACCGUUAGGUAGUUUUCCGAGUAGCAAUGACAACAAGCACCGUAGGGCAGCUACACAGUGGGAAAACUCCAUUACUGGUGUGGACCAAAGAUUCAGUAGUUUUACUGAAUUUCGUGAAGCCUUACAUAAGUACUCAAUUGCGCAUGGAUUUACGUAUAAAUAUAAGAAGAAUGAUAGUCAUAGAGUAACAGUUAAAUGCAAGUCCGAGGGUUGUCCUUGGCGUAUUUAUGCGUCAAGGUUGGCUACCACCCAGCUGAUAUGUAUUAAGAAAAUGCAUAAAAACCAUACAUGUGAAGGAGCUGCCGUGAAAGCCGGAUAUCGAGCAACAAGGGGAUGGGUGGGAAGUAUAAUUAAGGAAAAGCUGAAGUUUUCUCCUAAUUACAAGCCAAAGGAUAUCGCCACUGACAUUAAGCGUGAAUAUGGCAUUCAGUUGAACUAUUCUCAGGCAUGGCGUGCAAAAGAGAUUGCAAGAGAGCAACUUCAGGGUUCUUAUAAAGAAGCAUACAGCCAGUUACCAUUAUUCUGUGAGAGAAUCAUGGAAACUAAUACCGGUAGUCUUGCUACAUUUGCCACAAAGGAGGACUCGAGUUUCCACCGGCUAUUUGUCUCCUUUCAUGCUUCAAUAUAUGGCUUUCAACAAGGCUGUCGGCCUCUUCUUUUCCUUGAUAGCACUGUUCUCUAUGCAAAAUAUCAAGGAACCUUAUUGGCUGCCGUGGGUGCCGAUGGGAAUGAUGGUGUCUUUCCGGUAGCCUUUGCAGUUGUAGAUGAGGAGACAGUUGACAACUGGCAUUGGUUUCUUUCUGAACUUAAAUCUGCUGUCUCAACCUCUCGACCAAUAACAUUUGUUUCUGCUUUCCAUAAUGGUAUAAAAGAGUCAUUGUGUGAUAUAUUCAGCAAAGAUUGCUACCAUGGUUAUUGUCUUCGGUACCUUGGUGAGAAAUUAAAUAAGGAUCUGCAUGGGAAAUUUUCACAUGAAGCAAGGCGUCUUAUGAUCCAAGAUUUAUAUGCUGCUGCUUAUGCCCCAAAACUGGAAGAUUUUGAGCGUUGUGUUGAGAAUAUAAAAGCCAUCUCACCUGAUGCUUACAGUUGGGUUGUGCGAAGUGAGCCUGAUCGUUGGGCAAAUGCCUUUUUUGGUGGGGCAAGGUAUAACCACAUGACUUCUAACUUUGGUCAACUUUUUCGUGAUUGGGUAUCUGAUGUGAGUGAGCUUCCAAUCACUCAGAUGGUUGAUGCCUUGCGUGGGAAGAUGAUGGAACUGAAUUACACAAGACGUGUUGAUUCUAGUCAGUGGCUUACAAGAUUGACGCCUUCUAUGGAAGAAAAGCUUCAAAAUGAGACAUCAAAGGCAAUAUCACUUCAAGUAUUACACUCAUAUGAGAGCACAUUUGAGGUCCAUGGAGAAGCUGUUGAUAUAGUUGAUAUAGAUAAUUGGGACUGCAGCUGCAAAGGGUGGCAGCUCUGUGGGUUGCCUUGCUGUCAUGCUAUUGCUAUUUUCGAAUGUCUGGGAAGGAGCGCAUAUGAUUAUUGCUCCAGAUACUUCACAACUGAGAGCUACCAUUUGACAUACUCAGAAUCAAUCAACCCUAUACCCCUUCUGGAAAAGCCCGUGAAAACUGAAGUAGACAUGGAAAUCAUGGUCAGUCCUCCUCCAACUAAACGUCCACCUGGCCGACCAAAGAUGAAACAACCGGACUCAGUUGAGAUAAUGAAACGUCAACUUCAGUGUAGCAAGUGCAAGGGCCUGGGCCACAAUAAGAAGACAUGCGACAGGAAAGCAAAUAAGAUUGGUGGAUCUGAUCCUCUACUCCUUACUGGCGUUUUGGUAGCUGAAGAACCUGAAGUCACUGCAUGAUAUUUGGUACCUUCUUCUCCUAUGUAUAUAAGAAAGUCUUUUGCGAAGUCUAGACACUAGUCUUAGAUUCCCUUUAGGACAGGAGCGGAUGGGGUAUACUUUUUGUUUUGAUAACCGAGAAAUCUCCGAAGACAAACAGCAUGGUUCGAAACUCGGUAGAUAAUAGGCCAGCCCCUCUUCAGCAUUGCACUUUAAAACUGAGCAAUUACUCAUCCCCCUAGAAAGUCUUUAUUUACUAGUCAUGCCAUAGUGGUGAUUCACCUUGUCAAGUUGUAUAUGUGAUUAUAUUAGAUUAUGUAGGAGACUCAUGCCCUAGGUGAAGUACUGAUGAAUAAUGGACUCAAAUUUUAUAAAAGCAGUUAAAUUAUUUGGAAGGUGGAGAAGAAGGGUAAAGAUUAAUUGGACUUCAGAAUCUGAGUUCAAAUGGAGCGACAUGGACAGUUUGGAUUGAGGCUUAGUAAUAGUAGUAGUUGAUUGUACUACGGAAUAUGUAGCUAGAACGCUGGUGGUACUUAUAACAACAGGAUAAAAGGAUAUUCGAAGAACAAAAGCAAGAAAUCAUUCGACUGUCCAACCAUGGCUUUCUUGAGUAUCUGCGGCCUUUGCAUCGGAGCAAGCACGAGAGCUAGUUUGCUCACAUAUUUUCUUGUUCCAUGUUGUAACUCAUGCAUCCGGAAUGGACAACAGAUUGCGAUAAACAAAUUGAAAUUGUUGUCGGGUGGACAUUAUAUGAUGCUUUAACGGCACUCUAGAAGGUUGUGAUUUUGAAAACUCCUGAAUGAUCAAAGAAUUUGCUCCCAUUCUAUCAGCAUUAGGAAUAUACUUCCAAGAAUGUAUAUUACUCUCGUUGUAUAUUUACUAUCACAUAAUCAUGUUUGAGUAACUUGCUUUGAAUGUUGUGAAUGUUAUAGUUGAGAUUAUAUCA